CAAUCAAUCACAAAUCAACUUAUAUUUACUAUUUGCGUAAAUAAUUACUAUAGUCAGGGCCUGUUUAACACGGAUAUUUAUAGCUUUUAUAUUAAAAAUAGAUAAUUAUAUUGCUCCAUUUCUAUGAUAAAUUAAUAUUAUUAUUAAUAAGGAAGGGUAUAGUGGUAACGUAGUGCAGUUAUAAGUAAACACCUAUAAAAAUUUCUAAUAAUGGGUGGUUGCCGAUGUACGUAUCGUAAUUGUACAGUAAAAACGGAUGGAAAGACACAUAUGUUUCAUUAUCCAGUGUUUGAGAAAGUAAGAUGCCACCAGUGGCUUGUGAAUGCUCAACGACUUGAGUUUCUUGAUCUUAAAGUUUCCCAAUUAAAAAAUAGAGUAGUCUGUCAACAUCACUUUAAGGAGGAAAACUUUAUGAACUAUAAGAAAGACAAGCUGACAUUUGAUGCUAUACCUACAGAAAAUGGACCCUUUUGUGAUCCCAGUAAAUUUGUAGAUUCAUCUCAGGAGAUGACUAAGUCAUAUCCUAAUCUUAUACUUUUGGAAGAUAUUGAAAAUGAAGUUAUUUUUAAUGAUAAGAAAGCAAAUUUUUCCUUAAAAUAUGGAGAUUUUCUCACAAAUGGAGAAGUGAUGGACUCCACAUCAAGAUAUCAUUCGGAUAAUAUAAAUCUCUCGAAAGAGAACACUAAUAUAAUUUCUAAACCUAAAUUUUAUUUAAAAAAUGAACAAGAAAUGAAUCAACAAUUAUUCAAACCACGCUUUACUACAUUGACAUUGCCUUCAAAGAGUGUUAGUAAAAUGCAGCCACAACCUAUGCUAAUAGUUCCUCCAUACACUGAUUUGAGCCUCGAUAUUGAAGGAGGCAAAGAAAUCAUCCAGGAGCAAGGUACUAUAAAUAUUUAUGAGCCAAAUCCUUCCAGUUACAAAAAUAACACACGUAAUGCCAAUAGCUUACUACACUUAAACACUACUCCAUCACAACAUAAUAAUGAAGUUUUAGUAAAAAAAGAACCUAAAGUUAAGAUUUUGUCUGAAAAGAAAAUUGAAAUUCGAGGGCCUAUUCCAGUUAUGGGUAAACUAGAAAAGGUGCCGCAUUCUAUCACCAUUAAUAUCCCUAACAGGAAGAAAGAAGAAAAUAUAAGUGAUAAAAAAGGCAUAAACAAUCCAUUAGUCAAAAUUCCAUCUGAUAAAUUGAAAAUUUUAGAAGUUCUAGAUGUAGAGUUUAAUGGAGUACCAAAAACUGAUGUUGCUACCGAGGUUCCUAAACCAAAGACAAUAGAAACAGAUAUAAAUUACGUCCCAGCAUCCCAACCAUUACCAAAAACACCACAAAUUAAAAAUAAAAUUACAUCAGAAAGAAGUGCAGCCAUUGAAAAAAAGAGAAAGUUUAAUAUGAGGAUGAAAGAUAUAUUAGAAACUUGUCUAGAUAAACUAGAUGAUUCAAUAAAAGUUAAUGAUAAAAAUCCACCACCUGUAAAAGCAUCUAGCAAGUCAUUAAUAAAGCAACCUCAACCAAAAGUAACAGAUCAACAAGUUGGUACUCAUUUAGCCAAAGAGCAAACUUUACCAAAUGCACAAGAAUACACUAUUGCAUAUUUAGAUGCUAGAAUGAAAUCAAUGGAAAGGGCUCUGUUAAACAAAAUAGAACAAAACUCACAGAGAAUUUUAGAAUUAAAAGACUCUUUUGGAAAUAUAAAGACCUGUAAAGAACCCAAUGACAAAAAAAACGUGAGUGUACAAACCAGUAUCAAUGAAGAUUGCUAUAAGAAGUUUCUUUAUCAGGAAAUGUCUCAAUAUUUAAGUCCAGAUUCGAAUAGUUUAAUAUAUGAAGAACUCUUCAUCAACAAAUACUCCGUAGUCGAUACAAGUCCACAAAGAAAAAGGCGAAGGAAAUAUAUAUAGCUGUUAUUAUAUUGUAUUAUUAUUUAUUAAGGUGUAUGUACAAUAACUGUUUCUAUGAAAUAAACUAUUAAUUUACGCAUUUUCAA